GUGAUGACUUGCGAAAAUGGCUUACAAAUGGAUUUCAGUAGCUUUCUUCACUGCUUUCCUGAGAUAAAUCUGGAUAGGAGUUGGUAAUUUCCUGCUUCCAAUAAGAUCGACUGCUAUGGCCGAUAAGGCCACGAACGGGAAGGUCGAUAACGAUUCCGUUGUGAAGUCGGUUCAAAUUGGUGACGUGCCAGAUUAUUGCAAUUCUUCAGGUUCCUCUGUGAAUGAACUAGUCAAUGGCACCUGUUCACAUGCAUCGCCAUCCCCUCCGGCAGCUCGCAGGCGGUUACGCACCAUGAGUGGAUCAAGAUCUGAACAUCAUCUCCUUACGACGAGAUCGGGCAGGAAGAUCUACACGAAGGGACGGCCGCCUUGGUAUGACAAAUUCGGUAACACACUGAAACAGCCUUACUUGAUAGGGAUAUGCGGCGGUUCUGCUAGCGGUAAAACGACUGUCGCAGAGAAAAUCAUCGAAAAACUCGAGAUUCCUUGGGUUACCAUUCUAAGCAUGGAUAGUUUUUACAAGGUCUUGAGUGAGGAGGAGCACAAGCUUGCUGAGCAAUCGAAUUACAAUUUUGAUCAUCCGAAUGCUUUCGACUUUGAUCUUCUGUUCGAGGUUUUGACGAGACUUCGUGAAGGGAAGAACUGUGAAGUCCCCGUGUACGACUUUACCACUCAUUCUAGGGACAAUAAUCCGAAGAUGAUGUACGGCGCGGAUGUACUAAUUUUUGAAGGAAUUCUUGCAUUUCACCGCCCCGAAAUCACUGCUAUGAUGGACAUGAAAGUGUUUGUGGACACAGAUGGGGAUGAGCGUUUGGCUCGUCGUUUGAAUCGUGACAUAAACGAGCGAGGUCGUGAUACGAUAGGAGUACUGGACCAAUAUUUUCGAUUUGUCAAGCCGGCUUUUGAAGCCUACAUAGCACCAGGGAUGAAAGUUGCCGAUAUCAUCGUCCCAAGGGGAGGCGACAAUGACGUGGCGAUAAAUCUGAUCGCAAAGCAAGUGAAGACUCAGCUCAUCAAACGGGGCUACGACCAAACAGCUGCUUCGCAGUGUCGCCAAGAAUUAGUCAACAUGGACCAACUACCAGACGAGCUACCGGAAAGUCUAACCAUUAUUCGAGAGACUCCCCAAGUGCGCGGUCUGCACACAUUCAUUCGAAACAAGAAUACUAAACGUGACGAACUCAUCUUCUACUCGGAACGUCUUACGAGAAUUCUUGUUGAAGAGGCGAUGAACUUCAUGCCUUAUAAGGAUGUAGAAGUGGAGCUAAGCAACGGCCAAAAAUUUAUGGGACGGCGGCAGUCAGCUAAAAUUUGUGGAAUUGCUAUAAUGAGAGCAGGUGAAACGAUGGAGAAUUCACUUCGUGCUGUAGUGAAGGACUGUAAGAUGGGCAAAAUCUUGAUACAAACGAAUGAUCAAACAAUGGAACCGGAGCUGUAUUACCUUCGACUUCCAAAAGACAUUGAUAAGUACAAGGUCAUGCUAAUGGAUGCUACUGUCGCAACAGGAGCUGCGGCCAUGAUGGCCAUUCGCAUUCUUCUGGAUCAUGACGUUCCAGAGGAAAAUAUUUAUGUGCUUUCUUUACUGAUGUCUGAGCCAGGGGUUCAUGCUCUCGCUUAUGCCUUCCCAAAAGUCCGCCUCAUUACAACUGCUGUUGAUCACCAACUUUCGGACAACUUUUACGUUCUUCCGGGAAUGGGUAAUUUUGGCGAUCGUUACUAUGGAACCUACGUGAGCGAUCCUGAGGGGGAGGAGCCGUUCUGA